AUGACAGAGAUUGUUAUUUUUCUAAGGGCUCUUGAGUGGAAGUACGAAAAGUUAUCUGAUAAUGGCUCGAGCAAAGGUAUAAAGAAGUCGUGGGAAGAUGAGUAUCCAUUCAUCAAGCCGGCAAGCUCUUUCUUGGACGGUGACCAUGACUACGACUACAUCAUUGUUGGUGGUGGCACCGUUGGUUGCCCUUUAGCAGCUACCCUUUCCCAAAACUUUCGUGUCUUGUUGCUAGAAAGAGGAGAUGUUCCGUUUAAUAAUGUUAAUGUCUCAUAUUUGGAAAACUUUGCCUAUAACUUGAUGGAUACGUCACCUAAAUCCGCAUCUCAAGCUUUUAUUUCAACUGAUGGUGUUCCAAACAAUAGGGCUAAGGUCUUAGGUGGGGGAACAUGCAUCAAUGCUGGCUUCUACAGUAGGGCAAGCACAAGGUUUAUUGAGGAAGCAGGUUGGGAUGUUGAACUUGCAUAUGAUUCAUAUACAUGGAUUGAAAGGCAAAUUGUUUAUCAACCAAAACUCAAAAGAUUUCAAAGGACCUUUCUAAAUGGACUUCUUGAAGCUGGUGUCUUGCCAUUCAAUGGGCUUACCUAUGACCAUUUUUAUGGGACCAAGAUUUCUGGAACAACUUUCGACGAGCACAAUCAUCGUCACACUGCCGCAACAUUAUUGCUUGAAUCUGGCAAAGCCAAAACCCUUGAGGUUCUAAUCCACGCCACCGUUCAAAAGCUUUUAUUUUCUAAAAUUGGUGAAAAAAUACUUGUAACUGGAGUAGAGUUCGAAGAUGAAAAUAAGAUCCAACAUCAAGCGUUCUUGUCGAACGGCAAAGGAAUGAAGAGUGAAAUAAUAUUGUCUAGUGGGACAAUUGGUAGCCCUCAAAUAUUACUGCUAAGUGGUAUUGGACCUAAAGAUGACCUUUUAAAAUUGAACAUAUCAAUGGUCCUAGAAAAUGAUUUUGUUGGGAAAAGCAUGUUUGAUUGCUCUACCAACUAUGCCUUGGUUUCAAUUGAAGAAAACUUUAACAUUUCCCCACUACAAGUUGUUGGAAUUGCUAAGGAGGGGGUCUAUAUAGAAGCUUUUGGUGGACUCAAUUUCCCAGUAAAUGCCAUUGAAUUUGAUCAAACACACAAUUCAACUCAGAGAGACACAAUGCUUCUCAAAAGUGGACUAACUUUUAUGAAAGAACUGAGGGGAGGUUAUAUUAUAUCAAAAGUUUCCAAACCAAUCUCAAGGGGGCAAAUGAACUUGAUUAGCAAUAGUGCAUAUGACCAACCCUUGGUUACUUUCAAUUACUAUAGCAGUCAGAACGAUUUAUCAAUAUGUGUGAGCGGCUUACAAUUGAUGAGAAAGAUCAUAAGAUCGAACUCCUUCAAAAACAUUACCAACAAUAAAAAAGAGUCGGAAGAAACUUUAGUUGACGAUGAAGAAUCCUUAAAGAAGUUGUGCAAGGAAACUGUGAGCACAAUUUAUCACUACAAUGGAGGUUGCAAUGUGGGUCGUGUGGUGGACAAUGAAUACAAGGUUUACGGCGUAGAAAGGCUUAGGGUUGUUGAUGGUUCGAUAUUUGAUGAAACACCCGGUACUAAUCCUCAAGCAACAUAUAUGAUGCUUGGAAGGUAUGAUCCAAAACAACAAUUACUUAUGACACUAAAAAAUAUGUUUUUAAUGAUUCCUCAUCUUGUCUAGGUACAUGGGAGUCAAGAUUGUAACAAACAGGCUUGGGAUAGCAGAGGAUAUGUAAAGCUAAGAACAAUAUAACAAACUAAUAAGGGUGAUCAUUACUAGAAAAAAAUGAUCAUUAUUACUGUGGAUUGAAAUCCACCAACCUUUCAGUUUAAUUAUAUUUUAAUAAUAAUAAGACAUGAUGAUAAGCUAA